AUAACCCAGUUUUCUUUGUUAUAUUGCCUCCUGUGUGGGACAGAUGAAGUAAAUAAAAAACCCUCGGCGGCCAGAACCAGAAGAAAGGAGAAACUAAAAAAAAUAAGACAGCGGCAAUGGAUGAAGAAGAACACGAGGUGUACGGAGGCGAAAUCCCCGACAUGGAGGGUGACAUGGAUGGUCACAACGCAGACGUCGACAUGUCGGCUGCCGAUGAGGACGCCGUCAAGGAAUUAGACGAGAUGAAGAAGCGGUUGAAGGAGAUGGAGGACGAAGCUGCAGCUCUUCGCGAGAUGCAGGCCAAGGUUGAGAAAGAGAUGGGUGCCGUUUCAGAUCCUGCUAGUGCAGCCGCUAAUCAAGCAAACAGGGAGGAAGCAGAUUCAAGAUCAGUAUUUGUUGGCAAUGUUGAUUAUGCAUGCACACCUGAAGAAGUGCAGCAACAUUUCCAGUCCUGUGGUACAGUAAACAGGGUUACCAUUCUGACGGACAAGUUUGGCCAACCAAAGGGUUUUGCCUAUGUGGAAUUUGUUGAAGUAGAAGCUAUUCAAGAAGCUCUUCAACUGAAUGAGUCUGAAUUACAUGGUCGCCAGCUGAAGGUAUUGCCUAAAAGGACCAAUGUCCCUGGGAUGAAGCAGUAUCGUGGAAGGCGAUUCAAUCCCUACAUGGGAUUCCGGGGUAGGAGGCCUUACGUUCCUCCUUAUUUCAACUCCCCGAAUGGAUAUGGGAAGGUUCCUAGGUUCAGAAGGCCAAUGCGAUACAUGCCCUACUAUCAGUAGAGACUCUGCUUGUGUUAAAAGAGGAUUGGUAUUAUUAUGUUAUGGAGGAUUACAUCCGGGAACUCCAAUUAUAUGUACUAUCUUUUAGAUACUCAUUUGUUAUUUGUCAUGCAUGGUCACCAAAAAUCAUUGAAUUUCUAAUUGAACUUAGACAAUUUAUCAGUUCCAA